UUAGAUGCACGCUCGUUCCGCACUCGCAUCCACAGGGGGCCUUGACCGACUGGCAAGAAAGCGCACCGUAUAACGGCAGCCUUUGUAUCCGAUAAACCUGUCUUUGAUCAGAAGACAAACAGGAGGCCCUCCUCCUCCCAAAGACUGCACGAAGGCGACUGAUUUGUGGACGGAAACGAUGGCGGAAUCGGGCAGCAGCGCGGCGGCGGCCGGAGCCGCGGGCUCGAAUAGCAGCACCGCCGGGGCUGGAGCCGUCGCGCCCGUGGGAGCCAAUGGAGCGGCGGGAUCCAAGCCUGGCCUGGAGUCGGUGAAGGGACAAAAUUUUGACGUUGGCCCCCGAUACACCGAUCUCCAGUACAUCGGGGAGGGGGCAUAUGGGAUGGUCUGCUCAGCUUUUGAUCAUGUGAAUAAGAUCCGAGUGGCCAUUAAGAAGAUCAGUCCAUUUGAACACCAGACCUACUGCCAGCGCACCCUGAGGGAGAUCAAAAUCCUCCUGCGGUUCCGUCAUGAGAACAUCAUUGGCAUCAAUGACAUCCUGAGAGCUCGUCGCAUCGAAUAUAUGAGGGAUGUCUAUAUCGUACAGGACCUGAUGGAGACCGACCUUUACAAAUUGCUGAAGACACAGCAACUCAGCAAUGACCAUAUCUGCUACUUUCUGUACCAGAUCCUGCGAGGGCUGAAAUACAUUCACUCUGCCAAUGUGCUGCACAGAGACUUGAAGCCUUCGAACCUUCUCAUCAACACCACCUGUGACCUCAAGAUCUGUGACUUUGGGCUGGCACGGAUAGCCGACCCAGAACAUGACCACACCGGAUUCCUCACAGAGUAUGUGGCUACUCGCUGGUAUCGUGCUCCUGAGAUCAUGCUCAACUCCAAGGGCUACACCAAAUCCAUUGAUAUUUGGUCUGUGGGUUGCAUCCUGGCUGAGAUGUUGUCCAACAGACCCAUCUUCCCUGGGAAGCAUUAUCUGGACCAGCUCAACCACAUAUUGGGUGUUUUGGGCUCCCCCUCUCAAGAUGAUCUGAACUGCAUCAUCAACAUGAAGGCCAGGAACUACCUCCAAUCUCUACCCCAGAAACCGAAAGUCCCAUGGAGCAAACUGUUCACCAAAGCAGACAACAAAGCUCUGGAUUUAUUGGACCGCAUGUUGACCUUUAACCCCAUCAAACGUAUAACCGUGGAGGAAGCAUUGGCCCACCCCUACCUGGAGCAGUACUAUGACCCUUCUGAUGAGCCGGUGGCUGAGGAGCCUUUCACUUUCAACAUGGAGCUGGACGACCUUCCUAAAGAGAAGCUGAAAGAGCUCAUCUAUGAGGAGACGGCACGCUUCCAGGCCAACUACCAGGGCUCCUGAGAGGGACAGCCUUCACACAGAAUAACCGAGCAGCGUGGAGUCUCAGAUAAAGAUAACUCCAGACAACCUGCGAAAACAUAUACAUGCAUAUAUACAUUAAAAAAACAAGAUAAAAAGAGGAAAAAUGUACAUUUAAAAACUUCAGCUUUGUUUUAUCUGUCCAUCUCUCUUUCUUGCUGGGAAGCUGUGCGCUAGUUUGGGCUUAAAUCAUCUUAUCAUAACGCCAUUAAUGGGGGCCGACAGACUCACUAUUCUCAUCGCAUACCGCACACAGCUCCUGCUCUCUGAAACAACUGCAUCUUUCACCCUUUCUAUCAAUACCCUGCUUCUCUCUCUGUUUGUAUCCAUCUCUUUCUCUUUGUCUCUCUCGAGGGUGUCUUUCUACUGGUCUGUGUUGUUGUUUUUUUUCCCAUUCCACAGAGAUGGAGAGAGAGAAGGAGAAUCUCUAUGAUGGGCACUGACUGGUGUGUGUGUAUAUAUAAGUGGUUUUGAGUUUCAUUGGCGUAUUGUAAGUUGGCAAUCUGUUUGUACACUGUAAUCAACACAAAUCGUGUUUUGUAAUUUUGGGAAUUUAUAUUUGAAUAGCUUUUGAAAUAUAAAGUCAUUGCUUGUGUUUCUUUUUUUUUUUAAUUCAUUCAAAGACAGAUGUUACAUUUAAUGAGGUUGGACUUUUAUUUUGUUUUCUAUUGUGAGGAAAAAGUGGUCUUGCUUUGGUUCUUGAGAAAUAUAUUGAGUAAAAGAGAAAUGGCGACAGGCAGGAUGAACAGAGGAAAGAGCGAGAUGGAAUAGUAUCAUCUGCUGUAAAAUACUGUUGAGAACUGAGACUCUUGCCAAUGUUCUUGGGAAAAUUAAGCCAUCAGUAUCAUCUUUUUUUUUUUUUAAUGCUGGCUUCCGUUCCCUGUUUCUCCUCUCGCUCGUCUGUUCAUUUGAUGGAGGUUCUGUGGUGUGCAGACCUCCAUUGUGCGUUUUUUUUGCGUUUUUAGGGGGGUUGAUCCUGAUUUCUUUGUGAAUAACAAUAGUUGUCAUUGGUUACCAUGUCCAUGGCUACUGUUGCCAUGAUUCCUUUCUGAUAAGUCACACAUAGUUCCCCACAUUCUGGCUUUGUUACUUGCAGAUGUUGGUCCCUUUCUCUUUUUCUUUCGCGUCGUCCUUUUUCUCUUGUUUUGUUUUUCUUCACUUGUCCUGGAGUGAUUGCGGAAUCAUAGCCAAGCUUAACACUUUCAGAGCCAUAGCACAUUUUUUCUCAUUCCCUCCCUGUGAUGUCAGA